UUAGACAUUUUCAUUGUAUGAACUCGAAGUUUUUUUUGCAAUAACAAUUAACUUAGAUCUAAAUACAAUACGAACCAAUUAUACUAAUUCGUUGCGUGAUAAGAAAAUUAAGUAUUAUUACUUUUAAUUGAAUAACUAACAUAUCAAUCGGCAUCCUGUAAUCGCUAAGUAAAGUACAGCGAUAAGUCGUAAUAAAAUAUGGACUUUACAAAUAAGAAUUUUCCACCGCUAAAAAACAGAAGGCUGUUAGAUGCAGCUGCAGGGAAAGAAGUAGAUAAAGUCCCUGUUUGGGUUAUGCGACAAGCCGGCAGAUAUUUACCGGAGUUUCAAGAAGUUCGUGCCAAAAACGACUUUUUCACAGUGUGUCGCACACCCGAAUUAGCUUGUGAAGUUACCCUGCAACCACUUCGACGAUACGAACAUUUAGAUGCCUCAAUAAUUUUCAGUGAUAUUCUUGUUAUACCACAGGCACUUGGUAUGACAGUGGAAAUGCAUCCCGGUUUGGGGCCAGUUUUUCCAAACCCAUUGAUGAGUCCUGAUGAUAUGGAACAACUUCAAGAAGAUGGAGCUGUGUCUAGGCUGCUGUAUGUUGGACAAGCUAUCACCCUAACCAGACAUAAAAUAGAAGGAAGAGUACCACUGAUAGGCUUCACAGGAGCACCUUUCACACUGAUGGGAUAUAUGAUAGAAGGCGGAGGAAGUAAGACUAUGUCGAAAACCAAGGAGUGGCUUGAAAAUCAUGCAAGAGAUACUCACAUACUUCUGAGUCUUCUAACAAGAGUUAUAAUUGACUAUUUAGUUAUGCAGGUUGAAAGUGGAGCACAACUAUUACAAGUAUUUGAAUCCAGUGCUGAUCACCUAACUCGUGAACAAUUCAUACAAUUUUCCGCUCCAUAUUUGGCUGACAUAAGAACUGGCGUCCGGCAACAACUUGGAGAGAAAAAACUGGAGCAAGUUUGUAUGACAAUAUUUGCCAAAGGUGCCGGUGAAUCUCUUGAUGUCCAAGCUAAAUUGGGUUAUGAAACUAUUGGGUUGGAUUGGACUGUCGAUCCAAUCAAAGCCAGAGAAAUUGUAGGACCGGAUGUUACAUUGCAAGGCAAUCUGGAUCCACAAGAUUUGUUGUACAAGAGUCCUGAGGAGAUAAAAAGGUUAACAAUACAAAUGGUCAGAAAAUUUGGAAAACACAGAUACAUUGCGAAUUUGGGGCACGGAAUAACUCCACAAACUCCUCUGGACAGCAUGACUGCAUUUACCCAAGCUGUACAUGAGGCGUUUUAAAUGUUUUUUUAGUAUAUGAAAUGCAUUAUAGGUGUCUUAUUGGGAUAUGAUCUGUUAGGUAAACAGGAAACUAAAUAAAAUUACAUUUUCAUUGUCAGGGUUGGAUUUUUCUUGUACGUAAUAUUUAAGAAUAUUUUUACUGUCAGAUAAUUGGUAAAUAAAUAAUAAUAGUAAUAUAAAUUGUGUCGGUGGGGCUAUGGCUAUGCCAUUACUUCUCAUUUUAAUGUAUGUCCACCUGCGAAGACAUUCAAAGAUUGAAUUUUAGCAUCUCGAACUGGGGUUAAAAGACUCAGGUUGUUUUAACACACACUAUAGGCACACAGUCUACUGUCUAUGUUGAAUUACAGAUAAUAGCUAGCAUUUAGCCUAUAUAUACCUAUAAUUGUCAGUAGUAUAUACUUAUAAUCUCUUGGAUGUUGUAUAUAAAAUAAUUUAAUCUAUGUAAUGGGCUGCAUAAAUGUCUAUUAUAUUUAUGAGUUAUCGGGAUGAUAAAUAAUUAUUACACUUACAAAUUAUGAGUGGUAUUUAUUAAAUAUACUUACAAUAUGACUUAUGAGUGUAUAUUAAUUUGUUAUUAAAUAUUGUUUAAAUUG